UUAAACCCAACAGCCAUUUAUAGAUAAAUCCUCUGGGUUCGAUGGAGAUCACUGCAACAUCUUCUUCUUCUUCUUCUUUGCCUGCAACUGCAAUCCCACAGCAAUCCCAGUGGCUUCAAAUUACUCUAUCAGAUUUGGACAAGAAAAUGAAAGCUAUCAUGACCCUACUUCAGGAAUCUGAUGAAUCUGAACCUUCAUGCCAAAAGGUCGAUGUUUCUAACGACUGGAAACAAGAACUCGUGAAAAUGUUGUCAGAGUUAAACAGAUCAUACUGUUCUUUAGCACGUAAGCAUGAUCAGAUGAGGCCGAAAUCUCAAAAUCUCCCUCAUUCUGGGUCUUCAUCAUUGUCCUCUAACUCAACGGAAAUCCAACAGGCCAUCGAUCAAAGAAGGGCCCUGCAGGCCUCUUAUGGUCCUACAUGGGAAGCUUCUUCUGAUACUUGCCACGAAUCCCCGUUCUCAUCUCUUAAAACAGAGAGGAAAAAAAACUCUCAAGGUUCUCUCCCUCUCCGCCUCUGUCUCCGCCGUGGAGAGAAAAUAGAGAGGCCACGGCCGGCGCAGCCGGCGGCGAUGGCAUAA